AUGUGUCUCGAGGUGUUCACGCUAAACGUGGAAGAUUUUUAUUCAAGACUUUCAACUUUUAACAAUUGGAAAGGGAAGAAAUCAGAAAUAGAGUUAGCUGCUUGUGGAUUUUACUUUCUUCAAGUAGAAGAUAUAGUUAAGUGUUUCAAAUGUGGUGUAGAAAUAUACAAAUGGGAAUCAAAUGACAAUAUAAUAGAAGAUCAUAAAAAAUUCAGUCCUGAGUGUACUUUUCUAAAAAGAGUGUAUCCCAUUUUUAGUAAAAUCAACAAUAACAAAGAAACUUUAAGUGAGAAAAAAAUAAAUAUGCCUGUACCUGUGAAAUAUAAAUGUCCAAAGUGUGGAGGAGAGACUGAAAUAAAUAACACGAAUUGUAUGAGUUGUCAUAAAGAAUAUUUUAAAUCAAAAUCGGGUGCUAAAAAUGUACCAAGCAGUAUAUUUGUUGAUAUGUGA